AUGUUAUCGCGACCGUUGGCGUUAUCCAAAGUUUUCAACUACCACACAUUAAUCGCUUUUUGUUUGGUGGCGUUAGGAUACCAUUUCUUUUCCAUUCAAGACCGCUUUAUCGCCCGUGCGCCGGGAGUGUCCGCCGUCGAGGAACGUAGCGGCUUCCCCAAACUUAUCUGGUAUAAGCUGGGCCCCAACGGUCUGUCCGACGAUACACGAAACUGGACCGACAGCUGCAUCAAGAACAAUCCCAAUUACACAGCACAGUUCUUAACGGACGAGAGCAGCGAUGCCUACGUUCGCACAACUUUCGCGGAGUCCCGCCCCGACAUCGUCGACGCCUACCUCGCGCUACCCGUCCCCAUCUACAAAGCCGACUUCUUGCGAUACCUAUUACUCUGGGACCAAGGAGGGAUAUGGUCAGAUCUAGACGUCUCCUGCGAAGAAGGUGUACACAUCGAUGAGUGGGUGCCAGCGGAAUACCGCGACACGGCUGCGCUAGUGGUGGGGUGGGAGUUCGAUCAAGGCUGGCCUGGCGAAUAUGUCCGCCAGUUUGCUAGCUGGACUAUAAUGGCUAAACCGCGGACGGCGCAUAUGAUGCAGGUCAUCGAUGACAUCCUCCAGACUCUGAAAGACAAGACAGCGGAGCACCACAUCUCGGUCGAGAACGCCACACUAGACAUCAUGGGAGACGUCGUCGAUUUCACCGGCCCACGACGCUUGACGCGCAGCGUAUAUACAAGCUUGGGGAACAUGCUCAACCGGACGGUUGAUGCGCACGAUAUGAUGGAACUGGUACAACCGAAGCUGAUCGAGGACGUCCUGGUCAUGCCGGGCCGUUCAUUCGCGGCGUCUGCCAACAAAUACAAACCGGAGGAAGAGGAACGCCUACCACCUCAACUGGUGACCCAUCAUUACGCUGGUACUUGGAAGAACAAGGACGGAGGUGAAAAGCCGAAAAUGUGA